AUGGCUCCCAAUGGGUCCUGCCUCUAUGUGAACGUCCAUCCUGAGGAAGGGGAAUUUAUGACCUUCACUGCCAACUACAAUGACAGAGUAAAGAAGAUCAGUGAACACGUCCGGUCCAAGACCAAGGUUCCUGUGGAGAACCAGGUCCUGCUUCUGGGUGCCAAAACCCUCAAGCCUGAGAGAAGACUUUCAUCCUAUGGUAUUGACAAGGAGAAGACCAUCCACCUCACUCUGAAGGUGGUGAAACCCAGUGACGAGGAGAUGCCCAUGAUGCUGAUAGAGUCAGGUGACGGAGGGCAGAGGCACCUUCUCCAGGUGCGCCGGUCGAAUUCGGUGGCUGAAGUGAAAAAGAUGAUCGAAAUGAAGACUGCUGUGCCCCCUGAGGUCCAGAUCGUGAUUUGCAAUGGAAAGAAACUGGAAGAUGGGAAGACUAUGGCAGAUUAUAAAAUAAAAAAGGGCGAUUUUCUCUCAAUCACAGAAUAUUGCAUUGGGGGCUGA